GUCCCAACGGCGGCCCGGGGGGUGGAGGACACAGCCGGCAGCCGCCCCCGCUGCCCACGCGUGGCAGCAGCUCCCCCGCCUGCUCUUGAGCAAGCCCUGGGAAGGGCUGCGGGAGGGGCCGCGCUCCCCGGGGGCGGCGGCGGCGGAGGCAGGGAGCCCCCGGCUGCGCACCCGGCGCGGGCGGUGAUCGGUGCCCGCUCCGCUCCGGGUCCCCUCCGCUCCCGGCGCCGCUGCGGGCGCCCCGCGGCAGCGAUGGGCUCCGGGCGCCGCCGAUCGCUGCUGCCGCCGCCGCCGCCGCUGCCGCUGCUGCUGCUGCUGCUGCCCGCGGCGUGGGGUGACUGCGGGCCGUUGCCAGAUAUAAACCACGCGGAGCCCCCGCAGGACACCAAACACCUGGAGAGCUUCAGCGUCGGCUCCAAAGUUACGUACAGAUGCGCCGCGGGCUACAUUAAACGCCCCUUGCUGUCGGACACCAUACAGUGCCUUGCAAACUCCCAGUGGUCCAACCUCACGGAGUUCUGUGGUCGUACCUGUCUCAGCCCGCCACGUGUGGUUUUUGCUAGAAUAUCAGAAGAAGAUGAAACACAGAAUUUUUAUACCAUUGGUGUCACGGUGAGGUAUAUCUGUCGCCGAGGCUUUGAGAAUAUCACAGAGCAGCUCCCCACCAGCACUUGUCGUGACAAUUUAACAUGGUCAGAAGUUCCCGAGCUAUGUCAGAGGAAAUCUUGCGGUAUUCCAGCAAAUCCAGAACACGGCAAAGUUAUUACAAAUGAUUAUCUGUUCGGUGCAAAAGCCGAUGUGGUUUGUAACCGCGGGUACGCAUUAAAGGGAGCGUCGCGUCUCGUCUGGUGCUCCCUACGGGGAAGUGAAGUUGCCUGGAGUCAAAUUCCAGCUUGUCAGGCUAUUUCUUGUCCUCCGCCUCCAGCUAUUCCUGACGGGAAGCACACCGGUAAUGGUACGAAGGAGUUCGUGUACGACUCGGUUGUGACGUACACGUGUGACCCUGGGCUCCAGCUGGUGGGAAACGAAACUCUUCGUUGUACGACGGAGAACAGCCUUGUCGGCAUCUGGAGUGGGCCUCCUCCCGAAUGCAGGGUUAGCACUACAGCAGCGACAAACCAAACAGAACCCUUGGAAGAUAACGCAGCAGAGAAUCCCAAGUGGCUAGCAAGGAUCCUCAUCCCUAUUUGCAUUGGUCUCCUGGUCCUUGGGAUUCCAGCUGUGAUCAUCAGGAAAUGGAAAGACAAUAAAACGCACUCUUUUAAUGUGUCUUUACAAAAGCACAAGACAAAGGGAAGGGAUCUGCCGAUGCACCCAAAGAUAGCGGGUGACGAGAAGCAGCCGGUGCCGUGGCAUUCCUAUUUUUGCCACACGACGAGUUGCCACGUGUGUCCCGGCUGCGAAGAGGGGCUGCACGCCGCCCUGGCCCCCCGCGCCGAGCCCGCGCCCCGCGGCUGUGCCACCUGCGAGGAGUGGCUGCGCGCCCAGCCCCACGCGCCGCGCUCCUACUCCGUCUCCAGCAUCGGCAGCGGGGAGAGCCGGAGCCCUGCGGGCACGAGCUCUCCUCCCCAAAUGGCAGAUGUGCUGAGGGGUGAGGGUGCAGCAGAAGCUGUUCCGGAGCGGAGCGAUGCAGAGCAGCCCAUGGACCGUGAAAGCAACCGCCACGUCUGCCCCGUCUGCGAGGACUGGCUGCGCGCCCACCUCGGCCCGCGGGGACGGGGUCCAGCAGCGCCCGGGGAGCGGCCGGGGGGGCCCCGCCGGCGGGACGAGGGCCCCCAGCGUCCCGUCUGCACUCCCUGCGCCGACCGCCUGCACCUCUCCCUUGUCCACAGCGACACGGCGCGCUGCCCCGUCUGUCCCCUGGCCGGGGAGGGGACCCCGGCUCACCUCAUCCCCCGCCGCACCCCCGGCUGCCACCUCUGCCCCGUCUGCGCGGCACCCACCCACGCGCACCUCUGCCAGCCCCGGCGCCAGGCACACGACGGAUAAAUGCCGAUGGCUGCAGCGUCCGAAGCCACACGAGGGUGGCUGGGGAGAAGGGGGAGUUGCGACACUAACUCCUGACGCUGUCGGGAAGGAAGUUUCAAGUGCAAUAAGGCAACCUGGAGUCAAGCGUCUGACUUCACAACCAAGCAUUUCUUUGUAAAGAAGCAGGAAAAUCAAACGUACUUCAAAGUCAGCUCCAUGUUGGUUUAACGCCUACUUUUUUGUUUGCUUAUUUUAGUAGGAAAAAACUAUUUCUGCAGCUCUUAAAGUGAAGCUUUUAAAAUUAAGUAAAUGUUUCUUUCCACUAGGAAAGUCAUUUCACAGUAAACACCCUAUUUGUGCA